AUGACUUCCGAGCAGACCUUCAUCGCUGUCAAGCCAGACGGUGUCCAGCGUGGACUCGUCGGUGAGAUCAUCUCCCGCUUCGAGAAGAGAGGCUUCAAGCUCGUGGCCAUCAAGCUCGUCACCGCCUCCAAGGAGCACCUCGAGAAGCACUACGCCGACUUGAGCGACAAGCCCUUCUUCAAGGGUCUCGUCACCUACAUGGCCAGCGGCCCAAUCGCUGCCAUGGUCUGGGAGGGCCGUGAGGUCGUCAAGACCGGCCGCCAGCUCCUCGGCGCCACUAACCCGCUCGCCUCCUCCCCAGGCACCAUCCGUGGCGACUUCGCCAUUGACGUCGGCCGCAACGUCUGCCACGGCUCCGACGCCGUCGAGUCCGCCCAGAAGGAGAUCGCCCUCUGGUUCGACAAGAGCGAGAUCAACAGCUGGAAGCAGGCCAACCACGAGUGGGUCUACGAGAAAUAG